AUGUAUGCCCUGAAGUACAUCCACAAGGAGAAGUGUGUGCGGAUGCGCGCCGUGCACAAUAUCCUCGCCGAGCGGCGCCUACUCGAGGAGAUCCAGAACCCCUUCAUCGUCAACCUGCACUUCGCCUUCCAGGACUCCGAAUGUCUGUUCAUGGUGAUCGACCUCAUGCUUGGUGGCGACCUGCGCUACCGGCUGGACCGCACCGGGCCGCUGGGCGAGCCGUGCGUCCGGUUCUACGUCGCCGAGAUCGGAAUAGCCCUGGAGUACUUGUAUAAGCGGUCAAUCAUUCACCGUGACAUCAAGCCGGACAACCUUCUCCUGGACUCGGAUGGCCACGUCCAUGUUACCGACUUCAAUGUCGCCACGCGCAUUCGCGCCGGGCGCCUGGUCACCGCCGCCGCCGGCACCCGCGCCUACAUGGCCCCGGAGAUCUUCGCUCAGAAGGAAAAGAAGACCGGCUACACCGGGGCCGUCGACUGGUGGAGCCUCGGUGUUGUUGCCUACGAGUUCCUCUAUGGACGGAGGCCCUUCGCCGGCAAGGCCCAGGAGCUCAUCCAGAAUAUCCAACGCGCGGAGAUCACCUUCUUCGAGACGGUUGGCGGGGCCCUGCCCCCCAGCCAGCUGCCACCCCCCUCAAGCCGGCCAGCCGGCGGGGCCGGCCCCGGGGCCGGCGGGGCCGACGUCAUCGGCACCCCCCUGUCGGCCGAGGCCAUCGACGCCCUGCGGCUGCUCCUCCACCGGGACCCCACCAUCCGGCUGUCCUGCCUGCCCAACACCCGGAACUACUACCGGAACCAUGCCUGGUUUGCCGGCAUGGACUGGGCCUCCAUGGAGAAUAAGGGCGGCCAGCCGCCCUUCGUGCCGGAUGGCGGCAAGGUCAACUUCGAUGCCACCUACGAGCUGGAGGAGAUGCUGCUGGAGGACAACCCUCUGCGGUCGCGCCCGCGCAAGCGCAAGAACACCACCCUCACCCCGGAGCAGCUGCCGUCCCUCAUCGAGCUGGAGUCCAAGUUCAUGGACUUCAACGUCAACAAGCCCCGGCCGGCCAUCAUCAUCGACCCGAUCAACAGCGUGGCCCCCUCGGAAACCGUCAGCUUCGAGUCGGUGGAGAUGAUUCGCGACACCUCCUCCGAGAUGCACAUCUCCCUGGCCGACUCGGACAUCGGGCACCACCAUCGCCUCGGGGGCGGCGGCGGCGCCGGCGCCGGCGGCGGCAGCCAUGGGUCCUCCUCCUCCUUUCAGCAGCACUCCAUCCCCCUGAUGGCCAUGUCGCCGGGGUCCUCCCCGGCCACCGGCCCGGCCUCCCCGCCCAGCCCCUUCCCCCCUGCGUCGUCAUCGUCGUCACAUCACCACUACAGCCACAGCCACAGCCAGCACCACCACAUUGCCGGCGGUCCGAUCACCAGCACCGCCCCGGCGCAGCUCCUGCCCCGUAGCAGCGGCAACUUCGCCGAGGCAGCCUCCCCUUCGGAAGGGGCGCCACCAGCCGGCGCGGCCCCCGGCGACGGCGGCGACCCCACCAGCGGCGAUGACGUGGUCGACGGCAUCAUGGACGACCGCAGUGCCAGCGAGUUUACCGACAGUUGCUACAGCAAUUCCAGCAGCUACGACAGCAGCCUGGAUCAGCUGGCCGCCGAGAUCGGCGCCUCCAUCUCCGCCAGCACCGCCUACGCCACCGGGCGCUAUGACAAUGCCAUGGAGGCCGAGCGUCGGAGUGCCACCUCGCCCACCUCGCCCGCCGACUCCGGCCCUUCGGCCGAGGGGCAAGCGCCAUACGGCGCCGCGAAGCUCUCGGUCGGUGCCGGCGCCGCCGGGGGCGCGGCCUCCGCCCCACCGCACCGCGUGUGCUCCUCCGACCCGGAGCAGCCUGACUUGUAG